AUGCCUAAGAAACCGCGGUACAACUGUAUCUCCAACGCUGGCCCCGACAAAACUCAGCAUAUAAACAUUGGGACUGAACAUGUUGCUGAGACUGCCGAAAGUUCUUCGGAGGAUGAAGAUUAUGAUCCCGAGGCUGAUGAGGUUGACUCAUGGGAUGAUUACGUUGAUGACUUAUAUGCUGAAGAAGAAGCUGUACCCCAGAACAAGUCCAACGGUCGCAAGGAUACGGAUUAUUGGAAUGUUCUUGUAAGCGAUGAUGGCAUCACAAGAACGAUGAGUUUGAGCGUCAGAGAGGCCAUAGUUCUUCCACCUAGCAGAAAAAUCAUUUUGGAGUUUAAUGAAGAGUUGCAACCGAUCGGUCAGGCAUCUGGAUUAUUGAGUGGGUUUCUAGGGAAUCUGGGUGCUGACUUUCAACAUUUUCCCAUCAAUGAAGACAGUUGGAAGACAAUGGACAAAGCUUUAAAGGAACAUGCAUAUGAGACAAUUAAGCGCACCUUCCUGUAUGAGGAGGAUGACAAGGGAAAAAUAAAGCGGGUAAUGAUUCAAAGGUUGGGAAAAAACUGGAAGGAAGCAAGAAACCACUUGUUUCACAAGGUUUACGACGAGGAAGAGAGUUUCCAAUUAAAUGCCAAGCGUAACCCAUCAGGAAUAGAUGCACAACAAUGGAAAUGGUUCAUUCACUAUCGUUUGAAAGAAUCUACAAAGAAAAUGUGCAAACAAAAUUAUCAGAAUCGGUCGAAGCAACUAUAUACACACACUGGGGGCUCUAAGACAACAGCAAGGCUAAGGGAUGAAGAGGAGAAAAAACAGCAAAGACGCAUCAGCAGAGGAGAGAUGUUUAUUAUGACCCAUAAAAAAAGGGAUGGCUCAUACAUGAAUGAUGAUGCGCGUGUUGUUGGAGAAGCGGUUGAGAGUAUCGAGAGCCAAGGUAGAACCUCGAAGGAAAUUUCUGUUACUGAUUCACUUGCGCAAGUCCUUGGAAAGGAGCAUUCAGGACGAGUUCGGGGGUUAGGUUUUGGACCAUGUCCAAGCGAAAUUAUUCAUAAUACUCCACAAUCGACCCCUAGAGUGCAAAUUGAGGAGUAUCAGAGAGAAGUUACAGAAUUGAAGGAAGUGGCAGCAGAACAAACGGCGGAGAUUACAGAAUUGAAGGCAGAGAAAGCAGAAGACAAGGCAAAGAUACAGAUCAUGGAGAACCUGGUGAAAUACAUCAUCCAACAGCAAGGACAUACUUUGCCACCUGAAAUUGAUGCACAGCUUAAGUCAUUGGGGAGUGGAGCAGAAUAG